CGGAAGUUACGGCAUUUUGAUCGGAAGCAAGAACGGGAGCUCACUGGCUGAGGUUUUCAGUACUUAUUGGCUAUCCAUCAUGGCUACUCGACUUCAGUUUGAGAACUGUUGCGAUAUUGGAGUGUUCUCCAAGCUUACAAAUGCCUAUUGCUUGGUUGCUAUUGGAGGAUCAGAGAACUUCUACAGUGUGUUCGAAUCUGAGCUUGCCGAUGUAAUUCCAGUGGUGAAAACCUCGAUUGCUGGCACUAGAAUUAUUGGGCGGAUGUGUGCUGGAAAUAAAAAUGGGCUUCUUGUGCCUCACAGUACCACUGACCAAGAGCUUCAACAUCUGAGGAAUAGUCUACCAGACCAAGUGAUUGUUCAACGAAUUGAAGAGAAACUGUCAGCCUUAGGAAACUGCAUAGCCUGCAAUGACCAUGUUGCUCUCACUCAUCCUGACCUUGAUCGGGAAACUGAAGAUCUUAUUGCUGAUAUUCUGGGAGUUGAAGUGUUCAGGCAGACAGUAGCUGGUAAUAUUCUUGUUGGUAGCUACUGUACUUUCUCUAACAAAGGUGGCCUGGUUCAUCCUCAUACAUCCAUUGAGGACCUCGACGAGCUUUCAACGCUUCUUCAAGUACCUCUUGUGGCAGGAACAGUGAACAGAGGCAGUGAGGUUAUUGCCGCUGGUAUGACUGUCAAUGACUGGACUGCUUUCUGUGGUUUAGACACCACAGCUACUGAGCUCUCAGUUAUUGAGAGUGUUUUUAAACUAAGAGAAGCUCAGCCUAAUAUGAUUGUUGAUGAGAUGAGGAAAUCCCUGAUCGACAGUUAUGUCUAAAACUCCAUGGUGAGUAAGUUUUACAUUACUGUUGAAAUUUAAGAUUUAUCAAGCAAUUAUUUUUUUUGAAAGAUUGCACUUUGGUGAGCUCUGUUUGUCUAUUUAACUGAUGGCACUGUGCACAUAGAAUGAAACAAUGUAAUUCAAUAUUUUGUUAGAUUAUUUUCAGUGCAAA